GUCCAAGGAGGUUGUUAAAAGUUCAGCAGUGGUUGAGUAACUAGUGUGUUAUCUGUAUCUACACAAGCUGAAAGUUCACGGUGAGUCGACUGAUUGAAGACGGGCUGCUGUGGAUCCUGGCCAUGGAUGAAGAGUUGACGCCUUUGGACUGCCUUCUGCCCUCAGGCACGCAGAGGAUCUGUCUGAUUAUUCUGAACCAGCCUCUAAAUAAAGACUACCUCCACAUUCUCUGGACUAAAGCUCUCUUGAGGGCAUGUGCUGAUGGAGCUGCCAAUCAUCUUUACAACAACACUGCUGGAGACAGAGAAAGCUUUCUCCCCGACUAUAUCAGUGGGGAUUUUGAUUCCAUUACUGCUGAGGUCAAAGCAUUCUAUGGAGACAAGGGUUGCAGUCUGAUAGAAACAGCUGACCAGGAUCUAACAGACUUUACCAAGUGCCUUGCAAUCAUGCUGGAGGAAAUUCAGAGACGACAGUUACAGGUGGAUGCCAUAGUGACACUGGGCGGUCUGGCUGGCAGAUUUGACCAGGCCAUGGCCUCUGUUGAGACCCUCCACCACGCUCUGUCCAUGACACAACUCCCCCUGUUGAUCAUACAGGGGACUAGUCUGGCUUACCUUCUCAGACCUGGCAGUCACAAACUAGAGGUGAACACAGGCCUGGAGGGUAACUGGUGCAGCCUCAUUCCAGUGGGUGGACCCUGCCAAACAACCACUACUGGACUGAAAUGGAACCUGAAUAACCAGGUCCUGCAGUUUGGGAAGCUGGUAAGCACCUCCAACACCUAUGAACCCGUUGCCCCUGAAAAUCCCAGGAAGCCUGUAACCGUGACAACAGACCAGCCCCUGCUCUGGAGUAUGGGCAUCCAGAGGAUGGGCAAUGACACAUAAGAGGUCCUUUCUUCUCGGGCCAAAUUUGACUACUAAGAACAAGCAACUACUUUGCUACAGCAAACUCCUAAUUUUUAUAUGUUUUGUACAGCAUGAUGUAAAUGAAGGAAAAAGCUGAACACACAAUUGCAUAUGGCCAAAAAUCUCACUUAAGUAUUUCUAUGAUUGUCCUGUAAUAUAAUAAUAAUAAUAAUAAUAAUAAUAAUAAUAAUAAUAAUAAUAAUAAUUAAGCCUUUAUUAGUCCCACAAUGGGGAAAUUCGGUUCUCUGCCUUUGACCCAUCCCGGAGGAGCAGUGGGCUGCAAUGGGGGAGCAAUUUUGGGGUGUCAAGGACACCUCGGCAUGUUGCCUGUAGAGGGGUUCGAACCACCGACCUUGUGGUUGUGGGUCAAGCGCUCUACCUCAUGUGCCACAGCCGCCCCAAGAAGAUCAAGAAGUAGUCAGCUCGGUUGGAAUAUCCAAAUUGACCAAACCGAAGUAUGAUUUUUUUUUAGUGUUUACACCAUAGUGGCCACUUUUGACAAUUAUAUUUACUGUAUUCUUUGCACGUUUGGAUAUGCUUCCUCACUGCACAGGGUUACAUUCAAAUUGAACCAUGUACAAUCAAAAUCAAAGCCUUAUUCUAUACCAACAUCUGGUUCUCUUUAUCAAAACACGUUGAUAUCAGGAAUCUUUUGAGAAGGACUGUGAAGCCAGUAUAUAUGGAGACUUUGCUAUACCUAAAGUAAAUCUUCCUUUAAAUGUGUGCAGGUAUCUGCUUUGUAUCACAGCCUACACAGUGUGCCUUUGAUGUCAGUAGCUGCCAAGUACCCAAGAGCAUAUUGUUCACCAAGCUUCAAAUUAUUUGUGUCUUUUGAUGACAGUUGUACAAUAUUUCUGAAGGCCAGGAAAGGUAGAAACAAAAACAAAAAAAACUGUUGUAUACAUGCUAUAGUAAUAGCAAAGCUAUUUGAAUAAACGAGACAAAUUUAGUCUUUUGGUUUCCAUUUGUUUUAUUUACACAUUGAAAUAUAAAUGUUGUCCACAGAAUGUAAAAAUGUCAUCCCUUCAGCCCCCAAUCACACCAGCCCAAUAACACUUUGCACCACUGUCGCCUGUCCCCGGGUAUUGAAGUUUGUGUUUUCCUCUUGACCAGGACUUAACCCCCACUAGAUAGAAAAACAAGAAAAGGCAGUGUUAAUGACUAGAGAAAGCAAAAUAUGACAUGAACAUUACUGUAAUAAAUCAGUUUGAAUGACCAAGCAAAGCAAUGAAUCACUGCUUAAUAAAACUAGUCCCCGAAACAAAUAUUGUGUGUGUUGUACCACAACUUUCUUCCAAAAACUGACAAUCCAACCUCUACACUUUGGUAAACUGCUUAUACAGUCUAAAUGUAUAGUAUCUGGAUGUUAUAGUCUACUUUGGCCAAAAAUAAAAUCAUGAAUG